GUGGAUAUCAACCUAACUGAAACAGAGACCAUAUUUCUACUCGAUAUCCCUACAACUUCUUUUUCUGAAGAUACAGAGGCUGCAGAUAAAAUCAAGGAAAGGAAUACAGUAUAUACAGAGAUGCUGAAGCAGCGACACGGAGAUAGAUAUACUGAUCGAUUUAUGCAGACAUUUAACGACGCUCCCAAAAAUAAGGAAGUACAAACUACCAGAUUUGGUUUAACGGAUGCUUCUGUCAUGGCAACCAAUUGGGAUAUGUACGAUACAUAUAAGGAGAAGGAAGGCAGUAAGCUGCUUCUAUUAAGACAUUUUACAUUGCAACAUACAACUUAUAAAUCCGAUGAUGACUUAGCAGAGGAAGUGCCAUCUUCUCAGAAGUCAAAUAGAGUUAGUAAAAUUGCCAAGGAUGAAGAUAAAAGUAUAUCUAUGACUAUGCGAGACAGUAGCAUGGUGAACGAUAGUGCAUUACGAUCGGAUGCCUUUAAACAAUCGCUAUUUACAAUGGAAAGAGCAGUUACGUUGAAUAAUUAUCAGCAUAAACAAGCCGUUUAUCGCGGUUUAUCUGUUUUACCAGGUAAGAAUCUAAGGUAUAAUCGCUUAACCAAUCCGGAUGCUGUUCCACCCAGUAGUAAUCGCCCACGGAUUGCAGACAAUGAUGUUGGAAAAAUAUUACCAAAUCUAGAGCGCUUAUGGGACUAUAAAUGUAGCAUAACACGAGGCCGAAAUAUUAGUGCCAUGACAUGGAAUAAAUCCAAUCCGGAUAUCAUUGCAGUAGGAUAUUGUCAGUUCGGUUAUAAUGAGCAAAAGGGUGGAUUUGCCUGUUGCUGGUCAAUAAAGAAUCCAGAAUAUCCUGAAAGAAUUUUCCAUUUUAAUACUGGCGUCACAGGCUUGGACUUCUCAUCUACAAGUGGAAGUCUUUUAGCAGUUGGUCUAUAUGAUGGCACUGUAGCAAUUGUGGAUGUAAGAGGAACAGGAUCGCAAUCGAUUUUGGAUAGUAGUGAGAGUCCAGGAAAACAUUCUGGCCCAGUCUGGCAAAUAAAGUGGGUUGAUCGCGAUCGUUUAACAGGCGAAGAACAUGGAGAAAUGCUAGUAUCCAUUUCCACCGACGGGCGUAUAACCCGUUGGUCGAUUCGAAAAGGCUUCGAAUGUUCUGAUUUAAUGCGAUUAAAACGAAUAUCUAAUAAAAAGGAAACUAAAGAUCGAAAAUUAGACAUUAAGCGAAGUCACGAAGGCUUGAUAUCUCGUUUUUCCGGUGGAUUAAGCUUCGAUUUUUAUCCCAAGGAUACAAACAUCUAUCUUACCGGAACUGAAGACGGUCAUAUUCAUAAAUGUUCCUGUUCAUACAAUGAACAAUAUUUGGAAAGCUAUUUCGGACAUAUGGGUCCAGUAUAUAAAGUAGCUUGGUCUCCUUAUGUAUCAGACGCAUUUCUUAGUUGUAGUGGUGAUUGGAGUGUUAAAUUAUGGAAUCAAGAAAAACCCAAAGCAAUUCACAGUUUUCAGUCUUCAAAGGAAGCUGUUAACGAUAUUUGCUGGUCACCCACUUCUGCCACUACUUUUGCGUGUGUUCGUGAUCGAGCCAUUGAAGUAUGGGAUUUAAAUGUCAGCACAUUGGACCCAAUUAUUAUAACGCAUCCUUCUGGAUAUGCAAAGUUAUCAUCGGUUGCUUUCUCGAUCAACUCUGAGUGCUUGCUGGUUGGAGACAGUGAUGGGCACAUAACUAUUUAUCUAUUAAAAAAUAUCCCUCAGCCGCCGGAAACUCAUGUUGAAAUAUUAACUAAAUUGAUGAAUCCACAAACUAUUACAGUUACUGAAGAAAAUGACGAAAAUGACAAGAAGUAG